AUGGAUGAAGAAUUAUCUUCAAGUAAAUCCAAAAUUUGUAAUUUGAUGUCAGAGUUGUCUAUUUUAAAUGUUGGUACAAUAGAAGUUCUUUUUUAUACAGGUCUUCCAAACAUGGAUGUUUUUUUUACUCUUUUUAAAUUUAUAAGAUCUUUCCUUCUGUGUAAAAGAUCAAAACUUUCAGAUUUUCAACAUCUUUCACUGACUUUGAUGCGUCUUCGGCUUAAUUUAACAUUAAAUGAUUUAGCUUAUCGUUAUAAUGUCAGUAGCACAACAGCCUCUUCUGUGUUUCUCAAAACAAUCGAUGUUUUAUAUGUGAGACUUAAAGAACUAAUAAAAUGGUCAGAUAGAGAGCAGUUAUGUAAGACUACCCCAAUGUGUUUCCGACAACAUUUUGGAACAAGAGUGGGAGUUGUUAUAGACUGUUUUGAGGUAUUUAUAGACAAACCGAAAAAUGCACUAGCACGUGCACAAAUAUUUUCUUCCUAUAAACACCACAACACUGUCAAGUUUUUAAUUGGUAUUGCUCCUCAAGGUGUUGUAAGUUUUAUUUCUAAAUCAUGGGGUGGUCGUGUUAGUGAUAAAUAUCUAACUGAAAAUUGUGGUCUUUUAUCAAAGUUGUUACCUGGUGAUGUUGUUCUGGCUGAUAGAGGAUUCAGUAUUGAAGACAGCAUUGCUUUAUAUUGUGCAGAGGUAAAAUUACCAUCAUUUACCAAAGAAAAACUCCAACUCAGUUCUUGGGACGUUGAGCAGACUAGAAAAAUAGCCUCAGUACGAGUUCAUGUAGAGAGAGUUAUAGGUAAUAUUCGAAAUAAAUAUAAAAUUUUACAAAGUACAAUUCCUCUGGACUACUUGAUAAAACAGAAUAAUGGCCUUACUACAAUGGACAAAAUUGUUACAAUAUCAUGUUCAUUAAUAAAUUUGAAUGAUUCUGUGAUUUCAUUUGAUUAA